CAGACAGCUGAUUUCCUCGCACUGUGUGUGCACAUGCACCGGGACAGCAGCUGGCUUCAGGUCCACAGAGCCCUGGUUCACUCUGCGGUUCACCACGUCAGAUGACUGGAGUUAGAGCAAAGUGCACACAGGAAGCCACCUCUGCACAACUUUCUCUUCCAUAGUCUCCAACCUACGCCAUAAUGCGGCGGUGUUACGGCAAAGCCUUCUGUCUUCCAUGGCUCUCGCCGUUUGGCAUCUUGUGUUUUUCGACACUCUGGGUCGCACCUGUAAUGUUACACCCACAGUGUCUGGAUUUUAAGCCGCCUUUCCGACCGCCCAGGGAGCUCGAGUUUUGCGUAAUGUACAAGGAGUUUGGCUGCUGUGAUUAUCAGAAAGACCAGGAGCUGAUGUCUAAGUACUACCAGAUUAUGGACAAUUUUGAUUAUCAUGGAUAUGCCAACUGUGCGGGCUUCGUCCUGGAGCUGCUCUGCCAGGAGUGUUCUCCCUAUGCAGCUCACCUCUUUGAUGCCGAGGACCCGAGCACCCCGGACCGGACCAUCCCUGGCCUCUGUCCGGAUUACUGCUCCCAGUUUUGGAAUAAGUGCAGUUCCACCAUCCCUCUCCUGACUGAUGACCCACACAUUGCCAAAGUCAAAGCAGACCAGACUCGCGUCUGCCAGUACCUGGCGCUAGAUGACGUGGACUACUGCUACCCACACCUCCUCAGCAACCAGAAGCUAACACAGAACCUGGGCCGGGUUCAGUCAGACACAGAUGGUUGUCUGCAGCUGUGUCUAGAAGAAGUGGCCAACGGUCUGCAGAACCCACUAGCCAUGGUCCACGCCAAUGAUGGCACACAUCGGUUCUUUGUGGCCGAACAGGUGGGCUUGGUGUGGACCUACCUUCCUGACCGGUCCAAACUACAGAAACCAUUUUUGAACAUCACUAAGGCGGUCUUGACAUCAUCAUGGGAAGGUGAUGAGAGAGGCUUUCUAGGACUCACCUUUCACCCCAUGUACAAGUACAAUGGGAAGCUGUAUGUGUAUUACUCAGUGGAGGUGGGUUUUGAUGAGAGGAUCAGGAUCAGUGAGUUCCAUGUGUCAGCCAACGACAUGAAUGUGGUGGAUCACACCUCUGAGCGGGUUAUUUUGGAGAUCGAUGAGCCUGCAUCAAACCACAAUGGAGGGCAGCUGCUCUUCGCCGAUGAUGGUUACUUGUACAUUUUCACAGGUGAUGGUGGAAUGGCAGGAGACCCAUUUGGGAAAUUUGGGAAUGCUCAGAACAAGUCAGCUCUGUUGGGUAAAGUUCUUCGUAUUGAUGUGGAUGACAACGAGAGAGGUCCACUGUACAGAGUCCCUCCAGAUAACCCAUUCAUACAUGAGCGAGGAGCUCGACCUGAGAUUUACGCCUAUGGUGUCCGCAAUAUGUGGAGGUGCUCGGUAGACCGGGGCGACUUUCACAGCAAAGAGGGCAAAGGACGCAUCUUCUGUGGGGACGUGGGCCAGAACAAGUUUGAAGAGAUUGACAUCAUCGAGAAAGGGCGGAACUACGGCUGGAGAGCUAAAGAGGGCUUCUCCUGCUAUGAUAAGAAGCUUUGUGCCAACAGCUCACUAGAUGAUGUCCUGCCAAUUUAUGCAUACCCCCACAAGAUGGGCAAGUCAGUGACUGGUGGCUAUGUGUACCGAGGCUGUGAAUACCCCAACUUGAACGGGAUGUACAUAUUUGGAGACUUCAUGAGCGGGCGUUUGAUGAGUCUGCAGGAGGACAGAAACACUGGGCAAUGGGAUUAUAAUGAGAUCUGUAUGGGGAUGGGCCUGACCUGCGCCUUCCCUGGACUCAUCAACAACUACCACCAGUACAUCAUCUCUUUUGCUGAGGAUGAAGCUGGCGAGCUGUACUUCAUGUCCACUGGAGUACCGAGUGCUACGUCACCUUCAGGAGUCGUUUAUAAAUUGGUGGAUCCCUCAAGACGUGCUCCACCGAGGCAGUGUCACUAUGACCCUCUUCCUGUCAGAGUUAAAAGUAAUCUCAUAACGUUUGUUCCGCAGGAAACAUUGAUUGGCGUUGAGCUAUCAAGCAAUAACCAGCCUGAGCCACAACCCACAGAAUCAUACGACUGGCUCCAAGAGCUCAUUGACCGUCUCGGUGAACUAGGACCAGACCUGGCCACCCCUUUACCAACCACUACUACCACCAAACCACCCAGACAGUCAAGGCGGAAAGGUCGGCGCAGAAAGGGAAAAUCCAGAAUGGAACCUGGACCCGAGCUCCAGAGUGGAAGGGUGAGGCUGUCUGGAGACGAAGAAGGCCGCAGUGACCGUGGACGAGUGGAGAUCUACAUUAACGGGGAGUGGGGCACCGUGUGUGAUGACCUAUGGACCACCAAGAAUGCUGCAGUGGUUUGCCGGCAGUUAGGCUUCCGGUACGCUCUGAAAGCAGCCAAGAACUCAGAGUUUGGUGAGGGGAAAGAUAUCCGGAUUCUUCUGGAUGAUGUUCAGUGUGAAGGCACAGAGUCCAGCCUGCUGGAAUGUAAACACGCCGGCGUCGGGACACAUAACUGUGCCCACUAUGAAGAUGCCGGGGUGAUCUGUGGCAACUCGGACUACGUUGUGCAAGUCUAAAAGUGGGACUACUAUGAAGUCAGAGUAGUGCAGUCACGGUACAAUGUGUUUUGAAUAAGGUAUAUGGUACAUUUUUUUUCUUUUUAUAAAACCCACAGGUGAAGCAAAAUCUAGAGCAGGAAAUGAUGUAGGCUGUCACAUUCCAACACUGUAACUGUGUCCAAGCUUUUCCUUCGCUAAUGUCAACAGUGGCACUUUGCUAAUUUUACUCAAAGGUAAAUGUUUAUAUGAGAGUUUAUUUUUAAUUUUUCAUCACAGAUUUGAAUGUUGUAAUUUGAAUGUAUGUUUGGCUUCUCAGUGAUUUGUUACAAUAACAUGUUUGAUAAUAAUAAGUGUCUGAAUGUCAGAUUUUCUAAUGUGUUGAAUGUUUAUUCCCCACUGAAUGAAUGUAUGGUUGUAUCCUGAUGUUACCAUGUUGGUAAAAUGAUUUCAAUAAACUCUUUCUAGAAUCUA